CCAGAAAGAUUGAAAAAUGCUCGGAAGAAGUUUUGUUCCGGCGACGACGCUCUGCAAAUCACGGCAGCUUCAACAUCUCUUCUUCUACCCCUUCAUUUUCCAACCCGUUUUAGCCCAUUCCUCUCCUCACCAAACCAGUCUUUAUAAUGCAAUAUGCAAGGUUUUUGAGAGAGGAGGUACAGGGCCAAAUUUUAGAGUACAAAAGUGUGAUAUUGGAUUGGCAAAUUCGGCUCGGUAUUUCUGCACGAGUGGCAAAUCCGGGGAAAUGUCGAAUGGCAGUGGAAAUGAUGCUGUUGCAGUUGCAGAGACUUCUGGUGAGUUUAAAGAAGAUAAAAUCAAGAGGAAGAAACUCAAGGGUAAAAGAGAGGUUGUGAAGUGGUUGAAGUUCUUCAGGUGGAAGAAGAAGAAAGAGCUCCAAAGAAUGACUGCAGAAGAGAAAAUCCUCUUCAAAUUGAGCAAGGCAAGGAAAAAAGAGGAAAGGCUUCUUGAAGCUCUGAAGAAAGUUGAGCCCAAGGAGAUAUCAGAAGCUACUCACGACCCAGAAAUAUUGACACCAGAAGAACACUUCUACUUUUUGAAAAUGGGGGAGAAGUGCAAGAAUUAUGUACCAGUUGGAAGACGUGGGAUAUACCAGGGUGUGAUACUUAAUAUGCAUCUGCAUUGGAAGAAGCACCAAACUCUGAAAGUGGUGGUGAAAACAUUCUCUCCGGAGGAGGUUAAGGAAAUUGCUGCAGACCUUGCAAGAUUAAGUGGUGGAAUCGUUCUUGAUAUCCAGGAUGAUAACACCAUUAUAAUGUACAGGGGGAAAAACUACUCCCAACCACCAACCGAGAUAAUGUCUCCAAGAAGUACUCUUUCUAGGAAAAAGGCCUUAGAUAAAUCUAAAUACAGAGAUUCCUUGAGAGCUGUUAAAAGAUACAUUCCACGCCUUGAGCAAGAUCUCGAGCUGCUGCAAUUGCAAGCUGAAAACAAAACUGGUGCUCCUGAUAAUAAUCAAGAGACUGGCUUCGAGAAUUUUAGCCGUGCACACUAUCCCGACCAGCAAGUUGGGGCAUCUGAUAAGCUCAAAGGGCUAAUGGUUGAAAAUGAAGAGCAGGGUGAAGAAGAUGAUUCCAUGGUAGAUACAGAUAUAGGCUCGGUUUCUGAAGAUCUUUCAGAUAUCUUUGAGACGGACUCUGAGGAAGAGGAUAAGGAGAAGAUCGAAGAACCUCUUUACUUGGAUGUGUUCGAAAAGUUUCCAGUGCAGGGCAAUGGAGAUGCACAUGAUUUUGAGGAGAAUUUACUUCAGAUAUCUUCUAACUCGGGGAGAGAGAAAUCAUCAGGUAAAGAUGUCGAUACACCAGCUCUUGAUGAGGUUGAUAGAAUGAUUCUGCAAGCUGUAUCACUUUUGAAGAAAAAGAGGAGAUGAGUAGUGAUUUAUUCAUCACCAAAACUUGGAAGCUCUAUCGGGGGUUUCCCUCUGCCUAGUGGGAUUUGUUAAGCUAGAUGGAUGGUGAGCAGGUAAUGGUCAACAGUCUGCAUGCAGAUAAGUAGCAGCAACUAUAUCCAGGUUCGUCAUCUGGUUCAGUUUCGUCCCUGUCAAUAGAACUCUUAGGACCUUGAGUACAGACAAUGAGCAGUCACAGCUGUUUACUGCUUCUCAACAAGAGCCCAGACUUUGUCAUAAAGACCAGUGGUGAUGAUGACGAGUGACGGCGAACUUAAAUAGCAUAGCAUCUACUGGGAUCACUCACUCAUUAGCUGCAAUUUCGUUCUGGGGUUCCUGCACAAUGGGAUUAUUGUUUUCCAAGGGUUGAUUCUUCCCUAAUCCAGAGUGGAAGUUCACAUGUUUGAGCAGAUAAGAAAUACUACUAUAGUACUCUUUUAGGUGUAAAAUUCAAAUCUAAGCUCCUCUCUUUGUUUCCCC